GCCGGGCGGGAGGGCCAGAGAGCCGGGCCGCCGAGAGCAGCGAGCGAGCCGCGCCGAGAGCCGCGCAGACCCGCCGCGAGCAGGGACGGACGCCCGCCCGCCGCCGCCGCAGCCCGGCCGCUAUGGAUCUAUUCGACUUUUUCAGGGACUGGGACUUGGAGCAGCAGUGUCACUAUGAACAAGACCGUAGCACACUUAAGAAAAGGGAAUGGGAGCGGAGGAAUCAAGAGGUCCAGCAAGAAGACGAUCUCUUUUCUUCAGGCUUUGAUCUUUUUGGGGAGCCCUACAAGACAAACAAAGGUGACGCACUUGCCAACCGAGUCCAGAACACGCUGGGAAACUAUGAUGAAAUGAAGGAUUUGCUAGCUAACCAUUCUAAUCAGAAUCAUCUAGUGGGAAUCCCAAAGAAUACCGUGCCCCAGACUCCCAUCAACAAAAAUGAACCAAGCUUUUUUCCAGAGCAAAAGAACCGGAUGAUCCCACCUCACCAGGAUAACACUCACGCCUCGGGACCAAUGCCUCCACCUUCGGUCGUGAUACUGAAUUCGACUCUGAUACACAGCAACAGGAAAUCAAAACCUGACUGGCCGCGAGACAGUCACAACCCUAGCAUCGUGCCGGCCAGCCAGGCCGGUGGGCAGCCAAGCAAGAUGGCACCGACUGCACAGGACCAGCCCCCAGCCAGACUGGAAGACUUCUUUGUCUACCCAGCUGAACAGCCGCAAGUUGGAACAGUUGAAGAGCCAAACCCACCGGCGAAGGAAGACAGUGGAGGGGAUACUUUCAAAGAAAUCUUUCAGUCCAACUCGCCCGAAGAAUCUGAAUUUACAGUGCAGACGCCCGGGUCGCCCCUAGUUGCCUCCUCUUUAUUAGCUCCCAGCAGUGGCCUUUCGGUUCAAAACUUCCCACCGGGGCUUUACUGCAAAACAAGCAUGGGGCAGCAAAAACCAACCGCAUACGUCAGACCCAUGGAUGGUCAGGACCAGGCACCGGACAUCUCUCCUACACUGAAACCUUCAAUUGAAUUCGAGAACAGCUUUGGGAAUCUGUCAUUUGGAUCACUCUUGGAUGGGAAACCCAGUGCACCCAGUUCAAAGACUAAACUGCCAAAGUUCACGAUUCUCCAAACAAGUGAAGUAAGCCUUCCCAGUGAUCCAAGCUGUGUUGAAGAAAUCUUGCGGGAGAUGACCCACCCCUGGCCUACUCCUCUCACUGCCAUGCAUACUCCCGGAAACUCUGAGCACAGCACUUUUUCCACCCCAGGACAGGAAUCCCAACAUCUGACCCCAGGAUUCGCCUUACAAAAGUGGAGUGACCCGACCAGCAGAGCUUCUACCAAGAUGCUUGAAGAUGACCUGAAGCUGAGCAGUGACGAAGAUGACCUUGAACCCGUGAAGACCUUGACCACUCAGUGCACCGCCACUGAGCUCUACCAGGCUGUUGAAAAGGCAAAACCUAAGAAUAAUCCUGUGAACCCACUCUUGGCCACGCCUCAGCCCCCAGCUGCAGCACCAGCCAGCGGGGGAUCCGGCAGCUCCAGUGACUCCGAGAGCAGCUCCGAGUCCGACUCAGACACUGAAAGCAGCACCACUGACAGUGAAUCCAAUGAGGCGCCACGUGUGGCCACUCCCGAGCCUGAGCCGCCCUCCACCAACAAGUGGCAGUUGGACAAGUGGCUGAACAAAGUGACAUCCCAGAACAAGUCGUUUAUUUGCGGCCAAAAUGAAACACCCAUGGAGACGAUUUCUGUGCCUCCUCCAGUCAUCCAACCCAUGGAAGUCCAGGUCAAGGUGAAGACGAACCCCAGCCAGGUCCUUGCUGAACCCAAAGAGCGGCCUCUCCUCAGCCUCAUCAGGGAGAAAGCCCGUCCACGGCCCGCCCCGAAAACUCCAGAAACAAAGGCGUUGAAGCAUAAAUUGUCCACAACUCUCGAGACAGCUUCUCAAAGGACCAUAGGGAAAAAACAGCCCAAAAGGGUCGAGAAGAAUACCAACAUUGACGAAUUUACCUGGCCCAAACCAAAUAUCACCAGCAGCGCUCCCAAAGACAAGGAAAGCGUGGAGCUUCCUGACCCACCGAGAGGCCGCAACAAAGCCACUGCCCACAAGCCCGUCCCUAGGAAAGAACCGAGGCCUAGCAUCCCCUUGGCUGCCGAGAAGAAGAAGUACCGAGGGCCUGGCAAGAUCGUGCCCAAGUCCCGGGAAUUCAUCGAAACCGACUCGUCCACGUCUGACUCCAACACCGAUCAGGAAGAGACUCUGCAGAUCAAAGUCCUGCCUCCUUGCAUGGCUCCUGGGGGCAACACUGCCAAGUCCAAGGAAGCCUGCGGCGCCAGCCUGACCCUCAGCAGCUUCAUCAGCAGUGCCAAUGGCAACAACCCACCCGUCACAAAUGAAGAGCCUACUUUCUCGCCCAUCCCUGUCCUGCAAACCGAGCUUCUGUCUCCUCUACGAGAUCACGAGAAUCUGAAAAACCUCUGGGUGAAGAUUGACCUUGACCUGCUGUCUAGAGUGCCUGGCCACAACUCACUCCAAGCAGCGCCAGCCAAGCCGGACCACAAGGAGACGGCCCCAAAGCCCAGGCGGCAGGCUGCUGCUGCAGCUGCAGAGAAAGCCGCCCCCAAGGGCAAGCGCAAGCACAAGCCAACAGAAGUUGCAGAGAAAAUCCCUGAGAAGAAGCAGCGCCUGGAGGAGGCCGCCACCAUCUGCCUGCUCCCACCUUGCAUCUCACCAGCUCCACCCCAGAAGCCUCCCAACACUAAAGAAAAUAAUUCAUCCAGGAGAGCAAAUAGAAGGAAAGAAGAAAAGCUCUUUCCUCCUCCACUUUCCCCCCUGCCAGAGGACCCUCCACGCCGCAGGAACGUCAGUGGCAAUACCGGUCCCUUCAGUCAAGACAAAAGCAUCCCUCCGAUUGGACAAAUCACCUCGACCAAGCCUAAGAGGAGUGAAGGCAAAUUCUGUGCUACUUUCAAGGGGAUAUCUGUGAAUGAGGGAGACACUCCCAAAAAGGCAGCCUCUGCCACCGUCACUGUCACCAACACUGCUCUUGCCACUGCCACUGUCACUGCUACUGCCAUUGUCACCGCCACUGUCACGGCCACUGCCACGGCCACCGCUACGGCCACUACCACGACCACUACCACGACCAUUUCCACCAUCACGUCUACCAUCACGACUGGCCUCAUGGAUAGCAGUCACCUGGAGAUGACAUCCUGGGCAGCCCUGCCCCUUCUGUCCAGCAGCACUACCAACGUCCGGCGACCCAAACUCACUUUCGAUGACUCGGUUCACAACGCUGAUUAUUACAUGCAAGAGGCUAAGAAGCUGAAGCACAAAGCUGACGCACUGUUCGAGAAAUUUGGCAAAGCCGUGAAUUACGCCGACGCAGCCCUGUCCUUCACAGAGUGUGGCAACGCGAUGGAGCGCGACCCGCUGGAAGCCAAGUCUCCGUAUACCAUGUACUCCGAGACCGUGGAGCUCCUGAGGUAUGCCAUGAGGCUGAAGAACUUUGCAAGCCCCCUGGCUUCGGAUGGGGACAAAAAGCUGGCCGUACUAUGCUACCGGUGCUUAUCCCUCCUCUACCUGCGCAUGUUCAAACUGAAGAAGGACCACGCCAUGAAGUACUCCAGAUCGCUGAUGGAAUAUUUUAAGCAAAAUGCUUCAAAAGUCGCUCAGAUACCAUCUCCCUGGGUAGGCAAUGGAAAGAACACUCCGUCCCCAGUGUCUCUCAACAACGUCUCUCCCAUCAAUGCAAUGGGGAACUGUAACAACGGCCCAGUCACCAUCCCCCAGCGCAUUCACCACAUGGCCGCCAGCCACGUCAACAUCACUAGCAACGUGCUCCGGGGCUACGAACACUGGGACAUGGCCGACAAACUGACGAGAGAGAACAGAGAAUUCUUUGGCGACCUGGACACGCUGAUGGGGCCUCUGACCCAGCACAGCAGCAUGACCAAUCUCGUCCGCUACGUUCGCCAGGGACUGUGCUGGCUGCGCAUCGAUGCCCAUUUGUUGUAGUGGGUGCCCUCCCAUCUCCAGCAUCACCGCCGCAUCCCUCUACUUCUCCCAGGGCACCGAUGGUCACUGGUGGAACUCCACUCAUCUGGGAAAGUUCUCUCUGAUUCAGUUUGUUUUUACGCUUCUUUUGAUAUCUGUGAAAAAUGGAAGUCCUUGUAAGUGGACACUACACCUUGA